CGGGGAGGGGCUGGGGCAUUGCCACCAGCUGCUCCACCAGGUACUUGUGGAAGAAGAAAACCAGCAGCUGACGCCUGCUUGGAGCUGAGGGACGCGGCGCCUUUGCGAGGAGCUCUGUGAGUGUGAAAAUAAAGCCUGUCUUGUCUGUGGAUGUGACUUCUACCCUGAAGCAAAAGGCAACAUGUUCAAGACUUCUGCAGAGCAGUGGGGAACUGAUGAACUUCUUUCUUCUGGUGUUGGUAACAGGGCCUUUACCAUGAACAAUUCUUCCUCAGAUACAGUAAUGUGAGCAACAGAAAGAAAUUUAAAGGAUGCAGCUUGCCGUACUCCCCUUCACGUGUCCUUCAUCUUAGACAUAUUCCAAGUGAUGCUACUGAAGAAGUCCUUUCAUUAGCCCUUCCCUUUGGCAAAGUAACCAACAUCUUAAUGCUAAAAGGAAAAAGACAGGCAUUUUCGGAAGUGGGUACUGAAGAACCUGCUGUUAACGUGAUGAACUACUAUGCUUCUGCUGCACCUUUGCUCCAUAGUCAGCCUCUUUUUAUUCAGUAUUCCAAUCCCAGAGAACUCAGGACUGAUUAUCUGCCUGAUCAGGCUAGAGCUGAAGCUAUGUUCCACCCUGUGGACACUACGUUGUUUGAAAGCCAGCCUGUUGCCAGUGCUUCUGAAGCUAGAGAUGACCCCUUCCCAGAUGUCCGUUGUGUUCUUAGAAUCAUUGUUGAUAAUGUUUCCCACCAUAUUAGUCUAGAAAUGUUGCAUGAGAUUUUGUCUCCAUUUGGGCCUGUCUUAAGGAUCAUAAUCUUCACUAAGUACGGUAAAUUCCAAGCUUUAGCUGAGUAUGAUAAUCCAAGGAGCGCAUACUGUGCCAAAAAGACUCUGAAUGGCCAGGGUAUCUUCACUUCAGACUGCUUUAUACGUGUUGAUUACUCCAAGUUUACUAGCCUUGCUAUAAAGUACAACAAUGAGAAAAGUAGAGAUUUCACUCGGCUUGACUUGCCUUCUGGUGAUGGUCAGAUAUACAUGGAUCAACCCAUAGCUGCUGCCUAUGGCAUCCAAAAUAAUAUUGUACCAUCAUAUACAGGGGCUGCUGGGUUUACUCCAAACAUGAGCUUUUCUCAAGGUGCUGGUAGUUUGGUUCCACCUCUUCCUACAGCAGUUCGUUCUCUUGCACCACCUGGACAGAGAACUUACCCUGAUUUUUCAGAAAAUUCUGUUUUACUGGUCAGCAACCUCAACCCUAAUGCCGUCACACCCUAUGGACUUUUCAUUCUAUUUGGUAUAUAUGGCAAUGUGCAUCGUGUGAAGAUCAUGUUUAGGACAAAAGAAAAGGCUUUGGUUCAGAUGGCAGAUGCAAACCAGGCUCGAUUAGCUAUCUCCUACUUGAAUGGACAGAAGCUUUAUGGAAGGGUGCUCCAUGCUACUUUUUCAAAACAUCACACAGUUCAGCUUCUUCGUGGAGGACGAGAUGACCAAGGUCUGACAAAGGACUAUAGCAAUAGCCCUUUACAUCGUUUUAAGAUUCCUGGCUCUAAGAACUUCCAGAAUAUCUUCCCUCCAUCUGCCACCCUGCAUCUUUCCAACAUCCCGUCCUGUGUUACUGUUGAUGAUAUGAAGAACCUUUUUGCAAGUACCGGAUGUACUGUGAAAGCCUGCAGAUUUUUCCGGAAUAAUUGCAGAACGGCUCUUAUCCAGUUGGGCUCUGUGGAAGAAGCAGUUCACGCUCUCAUUGAGCUUCACAAUCAUGACCUUGGACAAAAUCGUACCCUCAGAGUUUCCUUCGCAAAACAUACAAUCUGACUUUUCUGUGAACUUUCUCUUUGAGAUUGCAUCACAGUUAUAGUAAAAUUCUCAGAGAGAAUGAAACAGCUGUGACAAGCUCUGUCUCUUAAAAGAAAAAGCUCAUUCAUGCACAAAGAAUCAAGUGAUGGUAUUUUCUGAUACUAUCAGCCAGUAUGUGAUCCAAGUUUAAUAUUCAUUAAUAGGAAGUUUCUUCUGUGAAACUGCUUUAGCAGCAAUAUUUGUCAUAAAAUUUCCUAUUGAAAAUUAUAUUUUGACAGCAUCCUUUUUGCUUUAAUUCUAAAUCAGCCUUACUAAACAUUUUGGAGUGCUCUUGUUAUAUACAAAAAAAAAGCGUAUUUCCCACAAUGCAGUGAGUCUACACAAUCAAACACUAAUAUGAAUGUGAAACACUGCUUGAGUUUCUUGGAGAAAAGCAAGCACUGACUGUGAGUGUCUUCUAAAUAAUAUUUAUAAUACCAGGGUGUGAGUUCAUACUUCGGCAAAUAUUUACAAAUAACUCUUUUAAAAAACAGUCCUGUUGUUCAUAUGGGUUAAAUUAUUAAAGGCAGUGCCUUCUCCCUGUGGAAUGAAAGAUAUUUGAAAAGUUUCUUUAAGAUGUGAUAUCAGAGACCAAUUUGACUUAAGAUGUCAAAUACCCGUUCCAUGGUUAUUUUUACUACGAAGCGACAUUGUUUAAUAGUACUUUAGAGAAAAUAAGACAUGAAGAUAAUUUCUUUAAAUAAUAAAAUGUUUACAAACUUGUUGAAAAUAUUCAUGUCUGUCAUAAUUUGCAAAUUUUUAAGAAGUUAUUUUUGUUAAGGUCAUCUUCGGGGCAAAAAAAUUAACCACAGGAUUUUUUUGUGCCAUAUGAGGUCUAAUACUUAAAUUGCUGUGUAUUUAGUUAAUUUCUUAUGUGCCCUACUGUGUAUUUGUGAAACAAUAAAUAAAGUUUAUAUGAAAUCUUUUUUGCAAA